AUGGCCAUUGGCACCAGUUUCGUUAUCACCAAAAGGGUUCGUCUAGCCUCCGAAAUCGCCGACCGAUGGCCCCGGACCCGCGGCUUGAUGCAAGCUUCCGAACAACAUGGCUUUGAAGGCGAAGGAUUUUCAUACUUGAAGAGUCCCAUCUGGUGGGGAGGUGUCGUCACACUCGCCCUCGGAGAAAUUGCCAAUUUCGCCGCCUAUGCGUUUGCGCCCGCGAUUCUAGUGACUCCGCUUGGAGCGCUGAGUGUGCUGAUCGGUGCGGUUUUGGGCUCAUAUUUUCUCGACGAGCGGUUAGGGAAGCUGGGAAAAUUGGGCUGUGCCAUGUGCCUCCUCGGUUCCGUUGUCAUUGUUCUUCAUGCGCCUCCUGACAAGCCGGUUGAACGCAUUGAUGAGAUGCUUGCAUAUGCCGUCAAAGCACCUUUCCUCCUUUACUGCUUGUUUGUGGCAGUCUUCGCGACGGUUAUGAUUUAUCGAAUUGCCCCGGUAUAUGGAAAGCAAAACCCCCUCAUCUACAUUUCGAUCUGUUCCACAGUCGGCUCGGUCUCCGUGAUGUCGAUGAAGGCCUUUGGUAUUGCGGUGAAAUUGACGUUCGGUGGUAACAAUCAAUUCGGAAAUGCUUCCACCUAUGUCUUCGCCAUUGUUACCGGCUUCUGCAUUCUUACCCAGUUGAACUACUUUAACAAGGCAUUGAACUCAUUCUCGACCUCGAUUGUGAACCCUCUCUACUACGUUACCUUUACGACCUUCACGCUCUGCGCCUCAUUUAUCCUUUUCCAAGGAUUCAACACUACCGAUGCCGUUAACACUAUUUCAUUACUCUGUGGAUUCCUGGUCAUUUUUACCGGUGUAUACCUCCUCAAUUUGUCGCGACACGAUCCCGACGGACAUGCCCUGGUCAACUCCAAGCUUGAUGAAGAAGGAGUGCCGACCGAUGGCAUCGCAAGCUUCCAGACCCGACGGUCCAUGCAGGCCCGCCGAAGCACCGAUCCCCAUCGUCGCAGCUCCUCGAGCAUCGCGUUCCUCAAUGGCCAUGGAGACCGCGAGGGGCUGAUCCACUCGUAUGAUCUUGAGAACGGCUCUGGCAUUGGUCUGGACGAUUUGGCAGAAGAUGAUGGAGAACCAGGGCCGACCUUCGCGGCCGAUGAGCGCACAGCGAAGCACACCAAGCGAAAUAGCCAGAUCUGA